GGAUUAUCAAAUAAUUUGCAUUGAGCUUUUUCAUUGAAAAGAUAAUCUAAUACUCAUCGUUUACAUUUUCGAUCACCACUUACGUAGAUUUGUAUUUAGUAAACACAUUUUUAGAAGAACAAUAGGAUUAGUUUUACGAUAAAAAUCAUAUAUAAACCACUGCGGGUGUUCUGCAAUCAUCACUACCGAUCAAAAUGAAGUAUUGCAAGAUUUAUAUCAGUUUAUUGCUGCUAGGAGCGUGCCAUUUAUUAACUGGUGACGAUGAACACUCCGAAGAUCUAGAAUACUUCUUGUACGAGGAUAAAAACGGCCAACUUCAAGUAGAGCGUCUCCUAAACACCCGACCAAACCUCACAUCGUCUUCAUCCGAUGUAAAAUACUAUUUCUUCAGCAAAUCCAACCCUGAAGAAGGAGUGGAGAUUCACAGCAACAACAUCGAGAAAUUGGAAACGACAUCAUUUACAGCAAAUAGAGAAACUAUUUUUGUCGUACAUGGAUGGAAGGAUAGCCAUGAGGCAGAUGUAAAUUCUCAUGUUAGAGAAUAUAUACUCAGGGACCACGAUGUCAAUAUCUUUGUCGUCGAUUGGAGUCCAAUUGCUGGAAAAGGUUACAUAACGGCACAGGGAUCUAUGCAAAAAGUUGGAGGAUAUGUAGCAGAUUUCGCUAGAUCUUUGAACGAAGAAUAUAAUCUACGACUUGAUAAGUUGAAAUUUGUAGGUCAUUCUCUAGGUGCUCAUAUCUGUGGAACAGCUGGAGCAGCUUUGAAUGGCCAGGUGGACAGAAUUGUUGGUUUAGAUCCAGCUGGUCCCCUAUUCAAAGACUACAACACAGACAACCGUUUAGACGCUGAUGAUGCAAAGCAUGUUCAAAUUAUUCACACGAAUGGAGGAAAGAUGGGAUAUUAUGCUCCGUGUGGAGAUGCUGACUUCUAUCCUAAUGGAGGAAAAUCACAACCAGGUUGUGGACUUGAUUUAGGUGGCAAUUGCGCUCAUUCUAGGUCAUACCAAAUAUACGCCGAAUCAUUGACUACUACAGGCUUUGUUGGGCAGCAAUGCAAUAGCUAUUCGGACUAUGAGAAGGGUAAAUGUACCGGACCAAAAGCUAGCAUGGGAAUGUUCAAAAUUGAUAAAAAUGCCGUUGGUUCCUACUACCUCAAAACCAACAGCCAAUCCCCAUUUGCAAAAGGUUAAAAGUGUUUAUUGUAAUAAAUAAUCAAUAAAAUAUAAUUUAACUUAAAUGCCUGGUUUUUAUUUUGAAUGUGUUGCAACUAUAAACGUAAAUAGAAAUAGAUUUAGUACACUUAUUGCCAUUUUUCAUCUCAAACUACUAUAUACCCUUUUUCAAAGUAAAACACUUGCGCUUCACGAUUUAUACAAAGUGACGUCACUUGAAUUUAAAAUUUCGAGAACAUCAACCUUAGAGUUCAAAUGUUCCUAA